AAUUAAACUUGAAAUCCGCGAAUCCGCAGUAAGAGGCGCACGGUUUCCAUUACCCGAAGCACAUGAUUUGGAUGUCGGGCGAAACGGGAUACAAAGCUAUUCGCUGGAAAAGAAUGAGCAUUUUUACUAUGGCUGUGCAUGCGAAUUCCGACGGAGGUAAACACAGUGAAUUGGUUUUAGACAAAGAACUGGACCGUGAGCAGCAGCAAGAGGUGACGUUAUUGCUUACGGCCACAGACGGAGGCACCCCACAAAGAUCCGGUACUGUAGUCAUACAUGUUACUGUACUUGAUGCAAACGAUAAUUUACCAGUAUUCAGUCAACCUGUUUAUAAAGUCAGCCUACCUGAAAACUCCCCUUUGGGUACCGUGGUUCUGACUGUAAGCGCCACCGAUGCAGACGAAGGAGCAAAUGGGGAGGUCAGCUAUGAUUUUAGUCGCAUAUCUGAUAAAGCAGCCAGACUCUUUACAGUAGACAAGAUGAGUGGAGAGGUAAAAGUGGCAGGACCAGUAGACUUUGAGGAUGAGACCGAGUAUGAAAUCAGAGUCCAGGCCUCAGAUGCCUCGGGGUUAGCCUCCAAUGCUAAAGUAUUUAUAGAAAUAACUGAUGUAAAUGAUAAUGCACCCGUGAUAUUUCUUAAGUCACUUCAAACCCCAAUUCCUGAAGAUGUUACACCUGGCACGGAAAUUGGCAUUAUCAAUGUUCAGGAUGAGGAUUCAGAGGGCAAUCACCCUGUCCGCUGCACCAUUGAGCAGAAUGCUCCUUUUAAAUUAAAUCCAUCAAUAAGAAAUUAUUUUUCACUUGUAACUACUAGUGAACUUGAUCGUGAACAAAUUAGUGAUUACAAUAUCACCAUCACAGCUACUGAUGAAGGUGUGCCACCAAUUUCAUCCUCCAAAACUAUUCAUUUAUCAGUCUUGGAUAUAAAUGACAAUCCCCCUGUAUUUGAGGAGCAGUCCUACAGCGCAUAUGUGACUGAGAAUAACAAGCCUGGCUCCUCUGUCUGUUCUGUUACUGCGAGAGACCCAGACUGGAGACAGAAUGGCACAGUGUUCUACUCUCUGUUGCCCAGUGAGGUCAAUGGUGUUCCAGUCUCCUCAUAUUUAUCCAUUAAUGGAGACACAGGGGUGAUCCAUAAUGUGAGGCCCUUUGACUAUGAGCAGUUCAGAAGCUUCAAAGUUCAGGUUGUAGCCAGAGACAAUGGUUCUCCUCCACUCAGCAGCAACGUGACUGUGAGUGUGUUCAUAACAGAUGAGAAUGAUAACUCUCCUCAGAUAUUAUACCCUACUCCAGAAGGAAACUCCUUCAUGACUGAGAUGGUUCCUAAAGCUGCUCUUUCUGGCUCGCUGGUCUCCAAAGUGAUCGCUGUUGAUGCUGACUCUGGACAGAACGCGUGGCUGUCAUAUCAGAUCGUGAAGUCGACUGAUCCGGGACUUUUCACUAUUGGUCUCCACAGUGGAGAGAUCAGGGCUCAGAGGGACAUUUCUGAAUCUGACAGCAUGAAGCAGAACCUUGUGAUCUCAGUGAAAGAUAACGGACAGCCCUCUCUCUCUACAACCUGUGCCGUAUAUUUACUCAUCUCUGAUAACUUGGCUGAAGUUCCUGAACUGAAAGACAUGUCUUAUGAGGAGAACAAUUCUAAACUCACAUCUUAUCUGAUCAUUGCUCUGGUGUCUGUUUCCACUUUCUUCCUCACUUUCAUCAUUCUGAUUGUGGCCAUAAGGGUUUGCCACAGGAGAAAGCCCAGACUGUUGUUUGAUGGAGCAGUAGCCAUUCCCAGUGCAUAUUUACCUCAUCAUUAUGCAGAUGUUGAUGGAACUGGAACUCUCCGUAGUACUUACAACUAUGACGCCUAUACGAGUGACUUCAAGUUUGUUACAUCCUACAAUGACAACACGCUGCCUUCUGGCACCACUCUGAAGAGUAGCCCAGUUGACAACAGUGACUGUCUUAACUUCACUUCACUUGACUUCAUUGAGAAUGGAUCAAAAUGCUCCACUCUGCCAGUCUAUCAAGUCACUCUACCCGAAAACUCCCCAGCAGGCACAGUUGCAGUUACUGUAAGUGCCAUAGAUGCAGAUGAAGGUGCAAAUGGCGAGGUAACGUAUGACUUUAGUCGCAUAUCAGAUGAAGCAGCCAGACUUUUCUUCAUAGAUAAAGUCAGUGGAGAGAUUAAAGUCAUAGGACCAAUAGACUACGAGGAGGAAAGUAAUUAUGAACUCCGUGUUCAGGCAAAGGAUGGAGCUGGAUUGGCCUCCAAUGUUAAAGUUGUUAUAGAUAUUACAGAUGUUAACGACAACGCACCUGUUAUAUUAAUCAAAUCCCUUAAUCAUCAAAUUCCAGAAAAUGCAGUACCAGGCACAGAAGUAGGCAUAAUAAGCGUACAGGACAAAGACUCUGAUGGAAACAGACAGGUUCGAUGCGCUAUUCAGGGAAACGUUCCUUUCAAAUUAAAUCAAUCAAUAAAGAAUUAUUUUUCUCUGGUUACAACAGCUGAGCUAGACCGUGAGCUUUUAGAUGGUUAUAAUAUUACAAUAACUGCUACCGAUGAAGGCAGUCCACCACUGACUUCCUCAAAGAUCCUCCAUCUCUCUGUGUCAGAUGUGAAUGAUAAUCCACCUGUAUUUGAGGAGCAGUCCUACAGCGCAUAUGUGACUGAGAAUAACAAGCCUGGCUCCUCUGUCUGUUCUGUUACUGCGAGAGACCCAGACUGGAGACAGAAUGGCACAGUGUUCUACUCUCUGUUGCCCAACGAGGUCAAUGGUGUUCCGGUCUCCUCAUAUUUAUCCAUUAAUGGAGACACAGGGGUGAUCCAUGCUGUGAGGCCCUUUGACUAUGAGCAGUUCAGAAGCUUCAAAGUUCAGGUUGUAGCCAGAGACAAUGGUUCUCCUCCGCUCAGCAGCAACGUGACUGUGAGUGUGUUCAUAACAGAUGAGAAUGAUAACUCUCCUCAGAUAUUAUACCCAACUCCAGAAGGAAACUCCUUCAUGACUGAGAUGGUUCCUAAAGCUGCUCUUUCUGGCUCGCUGGUCUCCAAAGUGAUCGCUAUUGAUGCUGACUCUGGACAGAACGCGUGGCUGUCAUAUCAGAUUGUGAAGUCGACUGAUCCGGGACUUUUCACUAUUGGUCUCCACAGUGGAGAGAUCAGGGCUCAGAGGGACAUUUCUGAAUCUGACAGCAUGAAGCAGAACCUUGUGAUCUCAGUGAAAGAUAACGGACAGCCCUCUCUCUCUACAACCUGUGCCGUAUAUUUACUCAUCUCUGAUAACUUGGCUGAAGUUCCUGAACUGAAAGACAUGUCUUAUGAGGAGAGCAAUUCUAAACUCACAUCUUAUCUAAUCAUUGCUCUGGUCUCCGUUUCCACCUUUUUCUUCACUUUUAUCAUUCUGAUUGUGGCCAUAAGGGUUUGCCACAGGAGAAAGCCCAGACUUUUGUUUGAUGGAGCAGUAGCCAUCCCCAGUGCAUAUUUACCUCCCAACUAUGCAGAUGUUGACGGUACUGCAACUCUGCGCAGUGCAUACAAUUAUGAUGCCUAUAUGACGACAGGGUCACGUACGAGUGACUUCAAGUUUGUUACAUCCUACAAUGACAACACGCUGCCUUCUGGCACCACUCUGAAGAGGAGCCCAGUUGACAACAGUGACUGUCUUAACUUCACUUCACUUGACUUCACUGACAAUGGAUCCAAAUUCUCCACUCUGGUAAAUAAGUCACAAAACUGA